GGGAAACGUGGAAAAUCGCGGAACACACCCUUCGUCCACCACUAGGCAGCGCCACCGCACUAGCAACCUGCAACCCGCCUCCCUCCCGGCUCGGCGGCUGCCAAUUCGACCCCUCCUCUUCCUCAACUCGCUCGUCCCUCCAACCCGGGGGCGCUGAGGCCCACCUCCACACGACGUGCACCGGCCGCCGCCCGCCUCGGCGCCGUCUCUACCAGGUGGGGAGCAUGUCGAGCGCGGUGGUGAACGGGCUGGCCGGCGCCGGCGGUGGCAUUAUCGCGCAGAUCAUCACCUACCCUCUCCAAACCGUGAACACCCGGCAGCAGACGGAGAGGUCAGCGAAGAAGAGGAAGGCCGGGAGCGGCGCAAACGACACCUCGACCCUCUUCCAGAUGCUCCAGCUUAUCCAAACGGAAGGGUGGGGUGGAUUGUACAGCGGCCUCAAGCCCUCUCUCAUCGGCACUGCUGCAUCGCAGGGAAUUUAUUACUACUUCUACCAGAUUCUUAAGAACAAAGUUGAAGAUGUGGCAGCUGCUCGUGGUAAGAAGGGCCUUGGGGAUGGUACUGUUGGGAUGCUCUCUUGGCUUGGUAUUGCAGCUGUUGCUGGGUCAAUCAAUGUUCUUCUUACCAAUCCAAUAUGGGUUCUUGUGACACGUAUGCAGACACAUACGCAAGCAGAAAGGAAGAUCUUGGAGUCUAAGAAGGACCUUUUACUGAAAGAAAUAUCUAGGGCUAAUUCCUUGGAGGUUUCAAUUCUGAAGGAUAGGUUGGUUAAACUGGAGUCUGAAAAACCUCAUCCAUAUGGUACAUUUCAAGCGAUCCGGGAGGUUUAUUGCGAGUCUGGCAUAAGGGGAUAUUGGAAAGGACUUGUUCCAACAUUAAUCAUGGUAUGUAACCCAUCGAUUCAGUUUAUGAUAUAUGAAACUUUGGCAAAGCGUCUCCAGUCAAAGCGCUCUGGAAAGCAACUACCUAAAAGGAACCUCACUGCUAUGGAGGUGUUCUUGUUGGGUGCAAUAGCAAAACUGGGAGCUACUGUUGUCACUUAUCCAUUGCUAGUCGUCAAGUCUAGGUUGCAAGCAAAACAAGAAAUUGGCAGGAAUGUGAUGUCCAGAUACACAGGUACAAUAGAUGCAAUAAUAAAGAUGGUCCGUUACGAAGGAUUGCAUGGGUUUUACAAAGGAAUGGGUACCAAGAUUGUACAAAGUGUCUUUGCCGCCUCAGUUCUCUUUAUGGUAAAAGAGGAGUUGGUGAAGUUAGCAGCGCUUUUAGUUGCCAGGAGUAGGACUAUGCUUAUUACUAAGCCCAAGAAGCGAUAGGUGUUGCCAUGACCAUUUUUUUUUGCCUCAACUUGUAAUGUAUAUAGGAUUCCAUUAUCUACAUCCUAUUUAAAAACAAUAAAAAAUUCUUUACUA